GCGAUCACCAUCCACCACACACGAAAGCAACAGCCAGCGAUCGAGACAGCAAGAGAAGCUCACUCAGCUCAGCUACCACCAGUCCCGGUCACAGCAAUCGGCAUGGCCAGCAAGUCGGCGUCCCUGCUGAUCCUCGCGGCGCUGGUGGCCGCGGCGUGCCUCACGGAGCUGGGCUCGGCGGCGCGCGGCGUGCCGGCGGAGAAGCCCGCGGAGGACGAUGUGAAGCGGCCGGACACGUUCCAGGAGGGGACGGUGCUGAUCCCGGGGAUCGGGCGGUACGAGCUGGGCACCCACUACAUCCCCGACAUCGGCGGGCUGGACCACAGCAUCCCGGCCGCCGCCAGUGGACAGUUCAUCCCCGGCGCCGACGACACCUGGGUGCCCAACCCCGGCUUUGAGAUUCCCAACCCCUUCCGCCCCCGCUCCGACUCUCCCUGAUGGGCCGAGCCGGCCGGCCGCCAGCACGUCCACGCCAACGCCCACCGUCCGCCCACACGUUGCACCCGUCCAUCUACUUGGUAGAGCUAGCCUGCUACAAAUCAUUUUCCGCUAGCUUUUUGGUUGCUACAAUAAAAUAGCUGCUGCUACAUGGCCAUGCAUGCAUGUGUCUGCGACUGCGUUCGCGCCGUCGACGUCUCGUGUUUGAUUGAAGUGUACGUGUAGUCGUGUAUGGGAUAUGGACGGAUGCGUAGGAAGCAUCCAUCGCAUGUCUCGCUUGGUUUGUUGUUGCCAGUGUAAUGUGUUUCAGUUCAGUAAGUUUUUUGAAUGAUGAAGAAUUAUGCAUGAUCGAUUAAGCUUGA